AUGCAAAAACACGAAGUUGACACUGGUAUCGCACAAACUAGUGGGGAGGAGGAGAAGGACAAGACGGAAUCUGAAAGUGAAGAAACGUUGUUGGAGCCACGAUUCAAAUAUUCUAGAAUUUUGAAUAAUGUACCUGGAAUAUUGCGAAAGGAUAUGGCGACUUGCAUGGCAAUACAUAAUAAAUUCGCAGCAGUGGGUAGUCGUUCCGGAAGCGUAUACAUCAUUGAUCAUUUUGGAAGUUUACAUCCAGAAAAUACAGCACGUCAUCAUAGAUGUCCCGUUACAAAAAUAUCAAUUGAUCCGACGGGAUCAUACUUCGUCAGUUGUUCACAGGAUGCUCGAAUCAGUGUUGCGGGAAUUACUUCCUUUGAACUUGCCCAGGUUAUAGAUUUAAAGUUAGCUGCACGAUCGAUAGCAAUAGAUCCGGAUUUCACCAAACGUGGUUCAGGACAUAUGUUUAUAACUGGAGAAAGGAAUUUAUUAUUGCAUCAGCGAACGUUUUUCGGCAAUUACAAAGAAAAGGUCGCCAUUUAUAUUAUAUAUGCUUCGAAUAUAUUAUAUGAAGGUAUGGAUUGUGAUGGAAUGAUUACACAAAUUUCGUGGCAAGAUUGUUGCAUUGCUUUUACGAAUGAAACAGGAACUAGAAUAUUUGAUAAUAUUUUCAAGCCUACACAGAAUGAAUGUGAGAUGGUACUGGCACUGUUAGAACCAGAAGAUUCAAGCACAUUUAAUUUGACUACCGAAGAUAGAAUCGAGAUGUACACUUGUGAUCGAAGCAAUCUUACUUUAUUUCAUAUGUCUUCUCUCCCACAUGAAAAUGUAUACUUUUUGCUUGGUUGUCAGGAAUUUAUUGAGGCGCAGCCAUGUUCGGCUGAUGAUCGAGUACGAUGGUAUUUGGAGAAUGACUUACUUCGUGAUGCAAUGCAAUAUGCAAAUGAACAUAAAACUCAACUUGAGCAUUUAGAUCCUGUUGAUAUUGGAAGACGCUAUUUGAGCUCUCUCAUAGAGCAAAAACGUUUCGCCGAAGCUGCCACAAAUCUUAAAGCGGUUUGUGGACGUCAAAAAGAUCUGUGGGAAUAUUACGUAAAUGAAUUUGAACAGAAUAAUGUGGUCCUUCAAUUGGCAAAAUACCUUCCGGUAAAGGAUCCCCAGUUGGAACCAGAAUGCUACCAAUGUGUACUGAUUGCUGCAUUACACAAUCAUCCAGUUUUAUUUUAUAAUUUGGUCAAAGUUUGGAAUCCAGACUUAUUCCGAGUAGGUGCAAUAACGGAUAUGGCAAUGAAACGGAUUAUACAUGAAAAUGUGAAUCCACUGUCAGAAAAUGAUGCUGUAGCUAUUUAUCGAUCCCUGGCUCGCCUUUAUCUUUAUGAACGAAAAUAUGACAGAGCUUUAAUGCUUUACAUUAUGUUAAACGAUAAAACUGUCUUUCAGGUCAUCGAAAAGUAUCACCUCUUCGAUCUGGUUAAGAAUGAUUUGACAAAACUAAUGGGUAUCGAUACGAAUCUGACAAUACGACUGCUGAUUGAAAAUGCUGGAAGUCUUCCAACAAAAACAAUCCUAACGCAACUCGCGAUGUAUCCAAAAUUACAGAUGGCUUAUUUAAAUAGUCUAUUUGAAAGGAAUGAAGGAGAGGAAUUUAUCGAUUUCGCUAUAGGACUGUAUGCUGAAAAUGAACCACGACUUCUUUUACCGUUCCUUCGGAAAACAGCGGUCUACGAUAUAGCAAAAGCCAUUGAUAUCUGUGAAAAAAAGCAAUACAUCAAUGAGAUGGUUUAUUUGCUGGGAAGAAGUGGAAAUCGUAUGAAAGCUUUGGACUUACUUGUAAAUAAGCUUGGUUGCAUUGGUAGUGCAAUUGACUUUUGCCGUGAAAACGAUGAAUCUGAUCUAUGGAAUUCACUGGUCGAUGCGGCCGUGAAACAACCAGACCAUAUCACGGAACUUUUGAAUACUGCUGGAAAAUACGUUAAUCCAUUAAACAUUAUUGAGAAGAUUCCAGAGCAAAUGAACAUUCCUGGUCUACGAAAUUUACUGGUAAAAAUUUUGCGUGAUUACGAAUUACUUGUUCAAAUGCAGUGUGGCUCUCUGCAAGUAAUAGAAGUCGACAGUAAUCAGCUUUUCGCAAAAUAUUUAUCAAAUUGUAAACGUUCGACUUUCAUCGGCUUUGAUCAAUAUUGCAUUAUAUGCAGGAUAGUUCUGGUACAACGCGAAAAGCCUACUGACUGCAGAAAUACAAAUAGUGAUAUCAUUGUUUAUGGUUGUGGACAUUCAGUGCAUACUCGUUGUUUACAUGUCCCUCAUUCAGAUGAACGAAUAAUGACGGAAAGUGGUAGAUGUCCUAUGUGUUAUGGGUUACACUUAUAUGGAAAACGUUAG